UUACACCAUAACCUCAGAGCAGAAGUCGACUGAAGAGCGUCACAUCAGAGCAGACCCUCUCUGACAGCCUCAGGUCUGCAGCAGGACUUCAGACUCUCCUCCAGGAUGAACAGAAGAACUCAGCAGGAAAUGGAGGAAAUUGAAGAAGAAGAAGAUGACUCUGUUAAUGCCUCAAGAGGCGCUGUGGAUUCAAAGAGAACCCGUCCAGGCCGGAGGUUUGUUCUUCUGAUAGCAGUGUGUUGGAUCGUACUGUUAGCCAUCAUGGGUCUCCGUAUCUACUUGACCUCUGAACUUUCAGGAAACAAUGCCGAGCUGUACUCACGAAUCCAGGAGCUGGAGACACGGGAAAACAACUUGACACAGAAAAUACAAAACAUGACAACAAACUGGAAUGAGCUCAGCAUCAGUCGAGCUCAGUGGAGCAUCGAUUCCUACUGCUUAGGAAACGCCGAUGAUAAGUGUCAACCUUGUCAGAAGGGCUGGUCACUCACUCAGCCCAGCUGCUAUGCGUAUAUUAACGAUCAGUAUCCUCAUCAAAAAACCUGGGAAGAAGCUCAAGGAGACUGCAGAGGAAGGAAUUCAGAUUUGGCUGUUGCAUAUAAUUCAGAUGAAAAGAGGCUGCUGACGGUCACUGUGCAGUCUCUGUCCUGA